GACAAUCGGAUGAUUGCCGUCUGUCAGUUCAACUCCAUGCCCGGUGAGGACGUGGUGCUGAUGAGGCACUACCUCCGGAAGCACAACAUCGAGGUCAAGUUCGUCCUGAAUGAGAUUAUCCGACCCGUGCUGUCCCAGUCCAAGUACAAGAAUCUCCUCCCUCUCUUCGUGGCGCGCAAUAUCCUGCUGGUGAGCCGGGAAACGAAGGUGAAGGAGAUGCUGCGGGUGCUGAAGGGAGUGCCGCAGAUCAACCUCCUGGGCGCCUGCAUCGAUGACACCAUCCUGAGCAGGCAGGGAGUGGAGAACUUCGCCAAGCUGCCCUCGCUGGAGGCCACCCAGGGCCAGACGGUGGGUGCUCUGGCCCUCCUGCCCUCCCAGACGUCCUCCCUGCUCCAGCGCGGCUCUGCGCACCUCACGGCUCUCCUGGAUCGGCACAUCAGCCGGCUGCAGGCU